CGUCAACCAAGAUAUAGGGGGUCCGGUUUUCCUUAACCGGACCCCAAGUUCCCGGCGAUCCGCCGGCUUUGCCAUGGCGAGCGGCUUGUCCGGCCGUGACGGCCAAGCGAUGGCCCCGGCCUGGCGAGCGGGGACCUUCAACUUGAAACGAGGCGGCGACGCCCGCUGCCAGAGCGCCCGGAGCGCCCGCGCCCGGCCGGAGCUCCCACCCUGCAACCCGCCUCCUGCAGGAUGGAAGGAAGAGCAGUGCCCGAAUCCUCAAUGCAGAGACUUCUCUUGCAUCAAGUGGCACUCCCCGCAAGAGUGGCGUUGCAGGGGCGGCGAGAGCUGCCCGCGCCCGGAGUCCUGCCGAGCCUGGCACGUCAAGGUGGAGGACAUCUGCCAGACCCGCGUCAUCGACCUCCUGGACGAGCGCCUCUCGGAGGCGGAGCUCCACCGCUUCGCCAAGGGGGAAGAGGGGGCAAAGUACCUUCGAGCUGUGGUCUAUGGCUUCGCGGGCAUCCAGCUGCCGGCGGUGGCUUUGAUGCUCAAGGACCUCCCGAUGCUCCGCGAGCUGCACUUGCCCGACGCGCAGAAGGAGGACUGCCAUCUGCAGGUGAAAGAGCUCCUGAUGCAGAUCAGGAGCAAGUGCCCGGGCCUCAGGGAGGUGAGCUUCGCCAACGCCCAGGUGCGAACAUGGGACCUGGUGACCUGAUGACCAUCGACCCAUUGACCGCGGCAAGCGAAAGCGAAAUCCAACGAGGGGCUCCGGGGGCGACCUUCGUGGCUGCUCCGAGUGUGAUACUGUG